UGUUCAGUGUUGGAAAAAUAAAGUUAAACACUGCAGCGGUUCGUCGGAAGAGACGUUUUCUCAUUAAUUUUCAUUUAUCUUAUAUUCUUUAAAUUAAUAAAGUCAAGCUGCUCCGCAAUAACAUGCGGAGGCUGUAUUUGGUUUUGAGGAAAACGUGAUGUUUAUCAGUAUUAGCUAGUGCAGCUGUAUUGUUUUGUGGUUUAAUCUUUGUAUUUUAAUGACAUUUGGCGGUGACCGUUUGGUGCUAACUUUGUUUUAAAUGGAUGAACACAAGGAGAAUAUUCAAGGGAAAGACGUGAACGUGAAGAUGUCGAAGGAAACAGAAGAUGGAAAGACGAAACCCUGCAGCAGAAUACAGCCGGAUGAAGAAAAUGCUCCUCAGACGUCUCAGUCCAACGGAGACUUCAGUCACCCAGUUUACAAAGAAAUCGCAGUGGCCAACGGCCACAUCAACCGCAUGUCCAAGGACGAGCUGCGGAUCAAGCUGGCAGAGCUGAAGCUUGACACCAGAGGGGUGAAGGAUGUGAUGAAGAAAAGGUUGAAGAACCACUACAAGAAGCAGAAGCUGCUGCAGUCUGCAGCGGAGGGAGGGCCCACUGACACCUACUAUGACUACAUCUGCGUGGUGGACUUCGAGGCCACAUGUGAAGAGGACAAUCCCUCAGAUUUCCUGCAUGAGAUCAUCGAGUUCCCCAUGGUCCUCAUCAACACACACACCUUACAGAUUGUGGACACUUUUCAGGCAUACGUGAAACCAGAGGUGAACCCGCAGCUUUCAGACUUCUGCGUGAAGCUAACAGGAAUCACACAGCAAACAGUGGAUGAAGCAGAUCCGUUUCCAGAGGUCCUUCAGCGAGUCGUGGAAUGGCUUCAGGAGAGGGAGCUCGGAACGAGAUACAAAUACGCCAUCCUGACCGACGGGGCGUGGGACAUGAGCAAGUUUCUCAACAUCCAGUGUCGGAUCAGCCGCAUCAGAUAUCCUCAGUUUGCAAAGAAGUGGAUCAAUAUAAGGAAGUCUUACUGCAACUUUUAUAAGGUCCCGCGCACGCAGACCAAGCUUAGCACCAUGCUGGAGAAACUCGGCAUGAAAUACGAAGGUCGUCCUCACUGCGGCCUGGACGACUCCCGUAACAUUGCAAGGAUAGCCAUUCACAUGCUGCAGGACGGAUGUCAGCUGCGCGUCAACGAGCGCAUGCACGGCGGCCAGCUGCUCUCGGUUCCCAGCUCGGCACCGGUGGAAGGAGCUCCGCCGCCCCGUAACCCCGGCAGUAGAGAUUAGAACCAGAAACUGUAACGAUCCAGCCUUUUUAACCUGUACUCACCCACAUCACUUGCAAAAGCAGAAAAGCACUUUAAUUUGAGCUUAAAGCUGUAAGUGGAAUCACUGUUUAAGAUUAAGGAGGUCUCACUCUGACAGAUUUCUUUUUCCACCUGUUGAAUAAAAUAAAAUGAUCAUUCCUGCAUGUGUGG